ACAAGCUUUUGUCUCUCAUUCGCAUUCACAUCGCCGCAUCAAGUGCACGUGUUAUUCGCGUUCGAAGUUUAAAUUUAGUGCUAACAAUAUUAAAGAAUAUUUCCCACGAUGCCGUUGAAAAAGGACGAGCUGAUGCAGCGUUUGCGAGUUGUUAACGACAAAUACAUGUACCUGUUGGAAGCGUUCCAAAUUCCGAGCAAAAAUUCAGAUGAUAUCGUAUACAGCGACUUCCUUCUGGACGACGAGGAGUCCGGCACUAGGCCAUUUCCAAAGGCCACCGAAGAAGACGCAGAAGCUCAACGGGAAGCUCGCUUGGAAGUCAUGCAGAACAAAAUCAGUUCGAAAUAUUUACACCGGAAGAGAAAGCAACCAACAGAGGGGAAAGCUACCCGAAAGCAACUGCUAAAGAAAAAGAACGUUGCAAAAUCUCUUCGUAAGGUUCAAAAAAUUGAACAAAGGGUACAGAAGUUCAAGGAAGAGAAAGAACCGAAACCAGAUGCACAACAGCUUGCGAAGAAAUCUGCUGAUCCAACGUUCAAUGCUAUGGGUAAAAUUGUGUUUUCCAAAAUACAGUUUGACGAAAACGACGUGCCGCGCAAGGGAACCGAAACCGAUGCGAAGAAACUGCUCAGGAAGGUUCUGAAUGAAAAGAAAGAAAUGAACGAGCUCAAACUUUCCGGAGAGACCGAGAAGUAUGCGGAAGUUAAGAACAAAAAGGCGUGGGAGCGUGCAACUGCUAAGACGAUGGGCCACAAGGUAAAAGAUGAUCUUGGACUGCUGUCAAAGAGAAUUCACAAGCGCAAAAAGCAGAUCGCCAAAUCGAAACAGGAAUGGGCUCAGCGGAAGGAAAAGAUUGAACACACGAAAAACGCAAAACAGAAGAAACGUACUGAGAACAUCAAAGAACGUGUGGAUAAGAAGAAAAACAAGAAAAUGCAAAAGCUUGCAAAGAAGGGCAGAAUCAUACCAGGGUUUUAAAUCAUAUUAUUUUUUUUUCUGUAAAUGUUGUGCGUGUCAGAACUUAUUGCAAGAGAAAUCCAUGAAAAGUUACAGAAUAAGAUAACGGCUGGCGAAAAGCUUA